AUGAAUCCCAGCAUGAAGCAGAAACAAGAACUCCAAGAGAAUGUAAAGAAUAGUUCAGUCCCAAGAACUCUGAAGAUGAUCCAGCCUUCUGCAGCCGGAUCUCUUGUUGGAAGAGAAUAUGAGCUAGCCAAAGGCUUAUCCAAAAAGAAGCAUGGGAAUGGUCAGUUAACAUCAAAGACUUUCAGCUCUGGAGUAGUUCUGGACCCAGAAUAUAGUGAAAAUAUAAAUCCUGAAGGAGUCACCCAAGAAGCAUUUGAUUUUACAGUUAAAGGAAAUCCAUCCUCUCAAUAUUGGAAAGCAGUGGUGGAAAAAUGGAGGAAGGCGCUCUAUGAAACACUUAAAGAAAAUGAGAAACUUCAUAAAGAAAUUGAACAAAAGGACAAUGAAAUUGCCUGCCUGAAAAAAGAGAAUAAAGAACUGGCAGAAGUAGCAGAACAUGUACAAUAUAUGGCAGAGGUGAUAGACAGACUGAAAGACGAAACUCGGGAUAACUUUGAAUCACUGGAUAGUCAGGAGUUCGAUUCUGAAGAGGAAACUGGUGAGGAUUCUGAAGUGGAAGACUCAGAAAUUGGCAAAUGUGCUCAAGAAAUUGUAUCUUCCUCCACAGACACAAAGCCAAGUAUAUGA